AUGGGCGAGAAGAAGGAGAAGAAGGAGAAGAAGGAGAAGAAGGAAAAGAAGGAGAAGAAAGAGAAGAAGCGCGACCGCGACGACGACGAUGCCAUCGCCGCCGCCGCCGCCGAGAAGCGCUCGAAAUUCGACGACGACGCGAACGACGGCGACGACGACGACGACGCCGGGAUCGUGUUCAAGUCCGCGAAGGACGGCGGGAAGUCCGCGUCGACGAAACCCCCCGGCGGCGGCGGCGAGCGGUACGGCGCCGCGCCGCCCGCGCCGGGCACGUUCCCCCUCGCGAGCACGAAGGUGUACAUGGGAAAUCUCGCGUGGACCAUCGACGAGGACGCGCUGAAGGAGGCGUUCAAGGACUGCGGCGACGUCCUGAGCGUGAACUGGUUCGAGGAGAAAGAGACGAAAAAGUUCCUCGGCGCGGGCGUCGUCGAGUUCGACUCCGCGGACGCGGCGAAGAGAGCCGUCGCCGCCGCGGGAAGGCUCGUGCACGACCGUGAGACGAAGAUUCGGCACUGGGAACAGAGAGGGAACACGGGCGAGGAGAAGAAGGCGGCCAAGGCGGCGGCGGGCCGCGACGUGAAGCCGAUGGGGCCGAAACCGCCGGGGUGUUACACCCUGUUCAUGGGCAACCUCAACUUCGCGAUCGACGACGACGCGAUGUUCAAGUUCUUCAAGGAGGGCGCCGGGGUCGAGAUCGCGGCGCUGCGGUGGCUGACGAAUAAGGAGACCGGGGAGUUUCGAGGCGUCGGGUUCGCGGAUUUCAACUCCGACGAGGACAUCGACAAAGCCGCGAAGCUGCACGGGACGCCGUGCAUGGGGCGGCCGAUCCGCAUGGACUGGCAGGCGCCGAAGUCGCGGGAGUGA